AUGGAGGGCUUGUGGGAUGCUUUGAGAGCGUCAGGGCAGGGACUCCUGGCUAGCACAUUGCUGCGCCAUGGUGUGCGUAGUGUUUCCGAUGUCGCUUUGAAAUCCUCCGUUCUGCAAGAGAAUGGUGUUCUCCAAUGGCAGAUUGAAGCCAUUUUGGCGGCGGGGCCCCAGCAGGCGGUGUCCCCAGCCCAAGUGAGGGCUGAUUUGCCAGUUGCCUUUCAGGGGAAGAGGGCAAACCUUUCAGCGGCCUUAGAGGCUGCGCGACCAAAUCAGCGGGCUCGCAGUUUAGCCGCCCUUGACGAAGAUGUCUUAGCUCGGAGCACGGCUCCAGCUCACGCGUCACGUCUUCGGACGUAUCAGGCUGUUUGCAAGGCUUGGGAUCUGGAGCCUUUUCCGCUCUCCAAUGAGAACGUUCGAGCUUUCGCUGCGAGUCUGAAAGCAGGUGGAUACAGAAGCGCUGCCGUGUAUUUUCAAUCCAUUUGCUCACACCAAACCAGGCAUUUGCACCUUCCUGUUGACUCGUUGCUUCGGCAUGUCAUUCGAGACUGUCUGCGUUCAAUUUUGCGUGGACUUGGAGCUCAACGUUUAAAGGAGUCCUUCGACGCUAUGCGACUCAAUGAUUGCUCUUUCAGUUUUGUCGAUGAAGCUUUCAGUUUUGAUCAAGUUAGCCACUGCCGAGAUCUUUGCAUUAUCGGAUUGUGGUACAUGUUACGUGAGUCGGAGUUAGCAUCAGCUCGGCUCAGUCAUUUGACCUUGACUGACUCUGAACUUCGCUUGCUGAUUCCAAUCCACAAAACCGAUUGCUAUGGUCAGCUCUGUGAACGAGUGCUGUCUUGCUCCUGCAGGGUCCGACGACACAAUUUAUGCGUCUGGCAUGCGGCAGAGCGCCACCUCAUCAGGGAUCCUUCAGGGAAAGACAUUCAACGUUUCCACGGCCACGUUCUACGUGUCAGUGGAGCGCAGAUGUUGUUCGCAGCUGGUGUGCAUCUACAGCUCAUACAGCUGCUGGGGAGAUGGACAAGCAUGACCAUCUUGCGCUACACGCAGCAAGCUGGCCUCAAUCUGCUGCCGAGCAUCCCUGAUGUGGUGCUGAACAACCGGCCUGAUGUUGGUUCGCUGGCGAUUGCGCCUGCCGUGGGCCCUCAAGUUGAUUCAGAUGCGUUGAGCCGUGCUGCUCCCAGGAUCUCAAACGAGUCCUCCAGAUCGGGCGCUUCUUCUUCUUCCAGGACCUCGACAUCCGGGGACAUCACUGCUUUGCGUGCCGAGCUUCAGAUCCUCAAACAAGCAGUGAUCAAGCCGCCUGCAGCAUAUGUCAUUCGCUCCAGAUCGGUCUUUCAGACACACGUGGUUCGAUUUAUUCUCAGAAUUUUGCUGGCCCAAUUCCAACGGUGCCUAGCCACCAUGACCAUGCGGGCAUUGAACCAUGGCACUCUGCCUGCCCUCGAGGAUCUGUUUGUGGAAGCAGCAGCAGGGGAUGUCAUUCGUUCCUAUUUUGCAGACAGAGCCAUCAAGACCACUGCUACUUUGGCCCUGCUUGCCAAAGAUGAAGACCACCUCUCAUCGGUUUUGAUCACACCUUUGAUGAGUGGGUGGGAGAAACAGGAUGGAUCCAGGAUCAGCCUAGCCGAGGCUGAAAAGCCAAUUGCAGAAGCCAUCUUGAAGCAUCUCUGGAAUGAAGCCAAUAGCUCUUGGCAGGCUCAGAUGACCUUGCGGCAUGCUCCUCCAGUCACUUCAGUUCCUGGCGCCAUUUCGCUAGCAGCAGCGAAUCCAGUGGCCGAGGAGAAGAUUCCGAGGCAGUUGCCUCCCGGUGUCUGGGCCAAUUUGCUCCAUGAGUACCAGUCGCAACAAAUUGGGGGCGUUGACCGGAUUUUCCCGGUCAACGAACUUCUUGGCACAGACAAGAUCUUGGCCAGGGUUUACUACGAACACACCAGCUCCAAGACCUACAGUCCGGUGGGUCUCGGUGAGUUGGUAGCCGCCAGGACUUUUACUGCGGCUGGCGAACCAAACCCAUUGGCCAAGAAGGAUCGCAGCACUACCACGUUGUUGCUCAACGAUGCCAAGCUCGUAGCUGCCCCUGAAGAAGCGUGGCAACCACGCAGUGUUUUGGCAGUGCUGGAUGGAUUAGCUUCCAUCCGUUGGUGCUUCAUUCUGUUGAAACUUGGGAGUGAGCAGGCAGUCCACUCCUAUUUUGAUUGGCUGACCAGACUGGUUCGAUCGAGACCUCAAAAGACCGAACAGUUUGGGCAAUUCUUCAUCACUAUCAGUUGGAAGUUGGCCACCGCAAUGAGAAGUGGCCAGUCCUUUGAUGCUGCGGCUAGCCUCUUGAUGAAAGACUUGGAUGUUUUCAGUGAGUGCAUGUCACGAGAGGCAUCUUCUUCGACCAAGAAGUCCAACAAUACCGAGAAGACUGGACCUCAGAAAGGUUCCGGCAAAGGAGGGGGCAAGUCCAAGUUUGGCCAAUACAGGAUAUCCCAACCACGUGCCGAGGCCUCCCCAGUUUCGGGCAAUGACAUCAUUUUGCUGAGCUGUUUUGAUGGUAUUGCAACGGCUGCUCAUGUUUUGACACAGAUGUUUGGCACGCUUUUCCUCUUUGUGGCUUGGGAGGGUGACCCCGAAUGCUUGCUCAUCACAAAGCGCCACUUCCCACAAGUAGUGGCCAGAGGCGAUUUCAUGUCUGAUCCUGCUGCUGAUGUAGUGUCUCUGGUCUCUGAGUACGACCCACAAGGCAAAAAAUUGAUAUUGUUUGUUGGAGCUCCACCGUGUCCAGACUUUAGCGCGAUUCGCCCUGAUGCACCUGGCCGUUCAGGACCAGAAGGACAGAAGUUUUCCCAUUAUUGCACCUGGUGUCGUGAGGUUGAGUCUGGUCUUCCCCACCAUCGAGUGGGCUACCUGGUGGGGAACGUGAUUUUGCAGGAUCGUGGUGAGGCGGAUUUUUUCUCCAACGCGUUGGGUUGUCAGACAGUUGCAGUUGAUGCAUCAGAUUUCGGAUUGAUCAGUCGUCCUCGGCUGUGGUGGAGCCGCGUUGAUUGGCACACUGUAAAUUCAUAUCCAGGGUCUGCCAAGCCUUUGCAUUGGACCAAGCUGCAUAAAUUUCCCCGUCUGCAUGUGGACUGCGAUCUUCAGCAUGCGUCAUCGUUGGACCUUGAUGGCAAACAUCUGGACCCCCGGGUUCAACGACAUGAGCUGUGCGUCCCUUGCUUGACCACUCCUUCGCCUUCCGCGUCUGGACGGGCGGCUCCGAAGCGAAUGAAAGGGAAGUUGGACCCAUACACCAAAACCCGCUGGCUGGAGGAUCAUCGCACCUAUGCUCCAUGGCAGUAUGAACCGCAUGCUCUACUGCAUGAUGACCAGGGCAACAUGCAGGUGCCCACUGCGGAGUGCAAAGAGCAACUGCAUAUGCUACCAAAAGGCUACACUGCCAUUGAUGGAGUCCACGAUCGAAGCCGCCACCGAGUUCUGGCAAAUGGAUGGCAUUGUGGCGUCGCCCGCUUUCUUUUUCAGUUUGUCUUGGCAGCGAUGGUCACAGGCUCCGCUUCCACGACUUUGAAACCACCUCCACGACAGAGCACGUUGCAAUGGGUGGAACAGUUGAUGCGGGUCCAAACGGCACAUGUUGGACCAGGUUUCUGGCCCACUCAGCCAAUUUGUGUGGCUCCUUCACGAGACAUUUGGGAUCAUUGGCACAAUGCCACCACUGCGGAUCACCCUUUGCAUUUUCCUGCCAAGAUUGCACCUGGUUUUGUUCAAUGCUUGAAAUUUCAGUUUGAUUGGCGUCAUGACUUGGUUCGCAUCCGUGACGAACUGGCUGUCGAAAUUCACACGAUGGUCGAUGAGUGGGCCGACCACACCCAUGAUUGGUGGUUGAAGUUGCGGCCCUUUUCUGGCUCCCACUUGGUGGCCUUGCAACACAGCAGAGCUCCCUGA